AUGGCCCUUCCCUUCAGUACUCUUGAUGUUUUCACCGACACCCCCUUCGAGGGCAACCCCCUCGCCGUGGUGACGAUCCCGCCGGGCGUGGAUUUGACGCAGGCUCAGAAGCAAGCUAUUGCCAAAGAGUUCAACCUGUCCGAGACCGUCUUCGUCUAUGAUGUUGAUGAUCCUGGCGCGACAAAAGAGCGGCACAUCAAUAUCUUCACGCCCAAGGACGAGUUACCAUUUGCCGGCCACCCGACGAUCGGCACGGCUGUGUUCCUCCAACCGCACGGCGUGACAACCUUGGUUGCGAAAGCAGGCCCCAUCAACAUUGAGCCGGCAACCAAUGGUUCGGUCCGGGCCAUCAUCCCACAUGACGUGCGGCUACACGAGAAGCGUGUGCCUAGCCUGGAGCCCGGAUCUGAUCCACGAUUGACAGUUGAGCUCGCAGCAGCGGAGGCUGGAUCGCCACUGUUUAGUAUCGUCAAGGGCAUGACGUUUGCACUCAUCGAGCUUCCAUCACUCGAGUUACUCGCUGGCGUACAAGUUGGGGCUCAUGAGCUGCCCGCUAGUCUUCUGGAUGAAGGCUGGCGCGACGGCUGGGUCACGAGGCGGUAUUACUUCGUCCGUACGGGCAGUGAGAAGAUUGGUUCCAGAACGGUUCAGAAGGUUAGGACGAGGAUGGUGAAGCUUACGACUGAGGACGCGGCAACAGGGAGUGCGGCGUGCGCCUUGGCCAGCUACCUGAGCCUGCAUGAGCUGGAGGACCAGUCCAUCACUUUCGAAAUUACACAAGGCGUUGAGAUGGGGCGCAAGAGCAACAUAUUUCUCGACGUAGAGGUUGGCAAGGACUCGAACGGAUCGAGAAAGCUGGAGACCCUGCAUCUGGGCGGUAAGGCAGUCCUCGUGACAAAUGGCUCCAUCAUUGCUCGGCCAUGA